AUGAAGAGGACACUAAUAGUCGCUUACCUUCUGUCUCUGGUCGCUGGAAGCCUCGCAAUUUCCUUCAGACUUGAACCGGAGAUAAGAAAAUGCGUGAAAGAGGAGGUCCAUAAAGACGUGCUGGUGGUGGGCGAAUACAGGCUCUCAGAGCUCGCAGGACAACGAACAGACGUUGUGGUUGCUGACUCUAAAGGUCACACUCUGUUCAGGAAAGAGUCUGCCACCAAAGGGAGAUUUGCCUUCACAACUGAAGAGUAUGAUAUGUUCGAGGUCUGCUUCUACUCAGUUGUCACAGGUCAUGGCGGUGAGCAGGAGAGAGAGGUCCACCUGCAGCUGAAACAUGGAGUGGAGGCCAAGAAUUACGAUGAUCUGGCCAAGGCUGAGAAACUGAAGCCAAUGGAACUGGAGCUGAGGAGACUCGAGGACCUCGCUGAGUCUAUCGUCAAUGACUUUGCCUACAUGAGGGCUCGGGAGGAAGAGAUGAGAGACACCAAUGAGUCCACCAACUCCCGCGUCCUCUACUUCGGAGUUUUCUCGAUGCUGUGUCUCCUGUUCCUGGCUGCCUGGCAGAUAUUCUACCUCCGCAGAUUCUUUCAAGCAAAGAAACUCAUUGAAUGAAUCUAGUCGGCUUAUUAUUGUAUGUUGUAUUCUCAAUCAUUUGCUGGUAAUUUUAUCUAUUUUUAGAGACAAUGUUAAAGUGUGUAUGUGCAAGAUACGGCCCCUUGUGACUCACGAACUAUGUAGUGAACCAACACUCUUCCUUUUCACUUUGAGUCACGAUUGAUUGUGUAUACAUUAACUACUGUUCCUGUGUCAAGUCAAUGACAUCAUUGACAGUAUUGGGUGAGAGGGGAAAGUUUGGCUCUUCGACAGAUUCUUCCCUCUUUCUCUUGCCUCUCUCAGUCACUGGCUCGCCUUCCACCUGCUCCUUCCUGCACUGCUCUAGCAGCUCUGCUGGGGGAACCACAAACUCAGGCUGCAGCACACUGUCGAGGCAGACAUGUGGAGGUAGUACUACUAACUCCUCAUGAGGAGAUGGGGUGACACUCUCCAGUAGGUCCCCCAGGUCAGGAGGGAGGAAGGAGAGUGGUGUGUCUCCUACUCCCCUCACAACCAACUUCUGCCAGAACUCGCCACUACUCAGGUUCUCCUGCUUGUCUUGCAGACCAACGGCCUCUUCUGCUCGCUCUCCCUUCCUCACUUGUUCCACUAAUUCGUCCCAGGCGGCGAGAUG